AUGGCUCUGAAUCCAGGCACCAGGCUCCUGUGUUUCUCUCUUCUGCUGCUCGGAGGUCACACCCAGACCAAGAAGGCUGACCCUCACUCACUUUGCUACAAUUUCACCAUCAUGUUGAAGUCCCCACCUGGGCAGCCAUGGUGUGAAGUUCAAGGCCAGGUGGAUGGAAGGACUUUCCUUCAUUGUGACUGUGGAACCAACAGAGACAUAAGCUUGAGUCCCCUAGGGAUGAAGAUAAACGCCACAAAGGAGUGGGAGCAACAGAUUCAGACUCUGAAAGACAUGGGGGAUGAGCUCAAACAGCUACUGCCUGGCAUUGAACUGCAGAAGGACACUCCCAGGGCUCCUCUCCCCCUGCAGGCCAAGAUGUGUUGUCAGCAGGAAGCAGGCAGGUGCACUGGAGCAUCCUGGCAGUUUGGCUUUGGCGGACAGAUGUUCCUCCUCUAUGACUCAGAGAAUAUGAAGUGGACAGAGGUUCAUCCUGGAGGCAGACAGAUGAGAGAGGAGUGGGAGAAGGACACGGACGCGACCAAGUUCUUCAGGAGAACCUCAGAGGGAGACUGCAAUCACUGGCUUAGGACGUUCUGGGGGCACUGGGAGAAGAUGCUGGAGCCAGCAGAACAACCACCCAUGACCCCAGGCUCAGCCCAAUCCAAGGCCACAGCCAUCACACCAAGCCCCUGGAUCCUCCUGGUGACCCUCACCUGCUCAAUCCUACUUGUCAUCCAAGGCUUUCUCCUUUAG